AGUAAUAUCCCAUAUCAAAGAUGGCGGACACGAAUAGACAUCGGCUGUUGAACCUGCUGGCAAUACCAGGAAAUAACACGUGUGCUGAGUGUGGGGAAGCUAAUCCAGAAUGGGCAUCUUGUAACGUAGGGAUAUUCUUGUGUGAACGAUGUGCUGGGCUCCACAGAGGUCUAGGUGUCGACAUCAGCAGGGUGAAGUCAAUCCGACUGGACAACUGGGAUUCAGAUCAUGUCAAGACAAUGGAAGCUAUUGGUAAUGAAAAAGCCAAUGCUUUACAUGAAAAGCACAGGCCUGCCUUCUAUAAAAAACCUACCAGGAGUGACCCACAAAUUCUGCUCAAAGAAUGGAUAUGUGCAAAGUACAGUAGAAAAGAAUUUGAUGAUGUUGACCGGCAGUUGGCGUACACUUCUACAACAAAGGAAGGCAUUUUGAUGAAGAGAGGAAAGGAUGACAAGAAAUACAACCGUAGAAAAUUUGUCCUUUCACGGCCAGAGAAUAAGAUGAUUUAUUACCAGAAGGAUACUGUUACAAGCAGGCCUAAAGCGGAAAUCUGUUUAGAUGAUAUCAAUUUAGUGUUUGUACCAGGCAAAAUGCAACAAGCCAAUGGUUUGCAGAUCACAUACCUGCUGAAAGGUUCAACCAGGAACAUAUUCGUGUACACAGAUGACUCCAAGGACAUUGUCGACUGGUAUCUAGCUAUCCGGGCAGCCAAACUGGAACGGCGGAAGAUAGCCUUCCCAGACAGGGACGAAAAAGAUUUAGCUGAAGAUUUGACACAAGAUUUUAUUAUGGAAGGUUAUUUAAGUAAGAUGGGGCCAAAAAAUCAACCAUUCAAAAAGCGAUGGUUUUCUCUGGAUAAAAGGAAGCUAAUGUACUAUGAAGAUAAAUUGAAUCCAUUCCCAAAGGGUGAGCGGUUUAUAGGUCACCGGGAUGGAGAGUUCUCUGUAAGUAUGAGAGCAGCAGAGGCAAGGCCUACCCAAGGUUACGCGUUCACACUACAUAUGCCAGGCCGUGACUUUAUACUGUCUGCAGAAACCAGAGAGGACAUGGAUCAGUGGAUAUGUGCCCUACAGAAAGUCAUAGAAACCCCUUUAACACCACAAGAUACUAAAAUUGCCUCACAGUUGGUACCAAAAAGACAUGAACCCUUCAUUAGUAUGAAGAAGUAACCUAACAAGUGGCAUUUAGACAUAAAAGUGAAGACAUCUCCAUAGCUAGGAAAGUGGCAGGAAAUGUCCCUCCGGACUCCUUACAGCUGAAACAGGACAUUUGCAAUACAGGGAUAUUGUGUCAUACAGACUCUUCACAGCCACAACAGGACAGUGGCAAUACAGAGGAUGCUGUGUAUUACCGACUCUUCACAGCCACAACAGGACAGUGGCAAAACAGGGGAUGCUGUGUAAUACAGACUCUUCACUGCCACAACAGGACAGUGGCAAAACAGGGGAUGCUGUGUCAUACAGACUCUUCACUGCCACAAUAGGACAGUGGCAAAACAGGGGAUGCUGUGUCGUACAGACUCUUCACUGCCACAACAGAACAGUGGCAAAACAGGGGAGUCUGUGUCAUAUAGACUCUUCACUGCCACAACAGGACAGUGGCAAAAUAGGGGAGUCUGUGUCAUACAGACUCUUCACAGCCACACCAGGACAGUGGCAUUACAGAGGAGUCUGUGUCAUACAGACUCUUCACAGCCACACCAGGACAGUGGCAUUACAGAGGAUGCUGUGUCAUACAGACGUUUAACAGCCACACCAGGACAGGGGCAUUACAGAGGAUGCUGUGUCAUACAGACUCUUCACAGCCACACCAGGACAGUGGCAAUACAGGAGAUUCUGUGUCAUACAGACUUUUCACAGCCACAACAGGACAGUGGCAAUAAAGAAAGUGCUAUGCCACAGUGGUUGUAUCCAGGGUGGCCACAUAUUUAUAUAGUGGUGGCACUACAUGUACACAGUAAUAACCAAGAGUGGCCACCAAAACAUGUGAUCUUUACAUUACAGUGAUAUGUACUUUGCAAUGCAAGUAAUAACUCAUUUGGAGGCCUAUGCUGAUUUUAGAUUUAGCAACACACUGCGUAUAUCUCCUGUGUACUAUUAGAAAUGCUGCAUUUUCUCCUUGAUAUUAUAAUACAAGUACUAGUGGCAGAAGUAGUUUGUGGCUACAGAUGAAAGAGCAAAGAUUAGCUAUAAUCUGGACUAAAGAUUUCAUAAUUUAUUGAAUUUAUUGAUAAUUUAAUUAAUAUUUCAUAAAGCAGGGAAGUUUUAAAGUAGUGUAUUCAUUCACAGGUUAUCUUGAGGUGAAAAUCAGAAUAGAAUGCAAUGCAAAUACUGUUACAGGGUCAGGGAAACUUGAUUUUUAAUGUGGAUUGGUAAGAUAUGCUACACAUUCUACUGCUGGCACAUAGAAUUAUAUUAUUACGGUAUUUCAGUGUAUUUAAGAAAUGAUAUUUCUUCUAUGUUAUGAUAUAGCUUAUUCAUAUACAGAGAACAUUUUCUGGUUUUUUUUUGCAAAUACACAUGUAGUUAUAAAAUUCAUAUUUUGAAUAAUAAAAGAAUUCUAAAUAAUUUGAAUGACUUUUAAUACCCUAAGUUUGUGUUUCAUGACUAUUUCCCCUUUGAAAAGCUGCAUGUACCUCUUGCACAGAUUGCUUUUAUUAUCAUUUAAGUGUGACUUUUCUAUAAAUAUAAUGGAAUGUGAUUGGGACCAAAAUAUUUGGCUGGUUUAUACAGGGUUCAGUUUAUACAGAUAGUGACAUGUAGACUAAUUAUGAAGUACAAUGAAAUGGCAUGUGUGUAUUAAGCCUUUUAUUGAAAGGUAUUUGACAAGGGUGGUCUUAUUACCAGGCAUGGGCUUAUUACCGGAUAAGAACAAAAAGUUCUGGGAGAACAUUUUUUUUUAAGUUCUUGGAGAACAUUUUUUUUUUAAUAUUAAACUUAAUGGGGAAAAUUGUUUCAGCUAAUGUGACACAAUUUUGUGACUUAUGGGAAAUGUUUUUAAACACCAUUCUCAAUAUUAAAGUGGCCAGUAAACAAAUAAUUUUGAUUUUCAUGACAAUGCUUUAUUUUUUUCAAUCAUUUAUUUUGUUGAAGUAUAACAUUCCAGUACCUGUCAUUCCUAACUGCACUUUAACAAAAGCUUUUAUUUCUUUUAUAAUUUAGAUAUCAAAUUCCCCAAUUCAUAUUUUUAUCAUUCUUAUGUAGGAAUUGUCCUUAUUACUGCAGUGCUAUUGGAAUACACUGUUCAAAAAAGUGUGAGUCUAAGUAUUGUAGUGGUAAAUUCAAAUAAGUAUACUUAGUAUAAAAAACUAGAAUAUUUUGUCUUAUAUGACACCAUUUUAACCAGUCACAGUUGCACAAAUAUGACUAUUAUUAUUGGAGGGGAGUGUUACACGUUUCCUAAGAUGUUCUAUGGAGAUGGAUUUCCAUUGUUGUUACAACUAUAACUUCCUAAAGAAAACAAUACUCAAGUAUUUCUGUAUCAACAGGUACUGUUUGUCUUCAGCAAUUGACAAUUUAUGUGACAUUUUGUAGCUGACCUCAUUGUUUUCUGUUUUGUUUUUGUUUUUUACUUUGAACAAAUUCAGUAUUUGAUUUGGUGUGCGUAAAUAUUGUCAUAUCAUUCUUCAUAUUCUGCACACAAUUGAUAGACUGAGCUUGUAAGAUGGGCAAUAUAUCAUAUGUUAAUAGUUUGUGAUGCUUUUUUGACCAAGCAUGGCUGCAGCAAUUUACUAAAGUUGUAAUAAAUAUAUCUCUAUAUAAAAUGUAUGCACUAUGGUUUGAUGCUAAAUGAGUGUGUGCUUCAAACUGUAUGAAGUUAUAAUGUUGAUAUUAAAUUUUACGUUGCUAUCAUUGUGUUAUAAAAGGACACAUGGUAAAGAUUGUGAUACUGUAGGUUCAUCUAAUUAUCAAAGAGUUGUAUUGUUUUGAGAUGUUUGUGGGUGUGUGGGUGUGUCCCUACAGAUGUAGCCGAGGAGAAGACCCAUGUCCUCUUCCUGUUUGAAGGCUCGCUCCAGGGGAAUCGUAUAUUUUAGUGUAUCGUCAUGUGUCAUGAUUUUCAAGAAAUAAGAAACUGUGAUUUAAACAGAUUAUGAAUACGAAAAUAUUUCUCUACUUAUGACUAUCUUUUUCUACAUUGUUACUGUUGUUGCAUCAUUUACUUAUUUUUAUUACAAUGUGUAGUUAUAGGGAUUCUUUUUCAAAUAGGAUUUUUAGCUCACCUGCCCGAAGGGCAAGUGAGCUUAUGCCAUACCGCAGCGUCCCGCAUCAACUUUUCCCUUUAAAAGUCUUUAUCUCCUGAACGACUGAUUGGAUUUUAACUAAAUUUGAUAUGAAGCGUCCUUGGGACCAGGGGCUCAAUAGAUUUAUGAAAUAAGGGUGUGGCCUCCUAGGAGGCAGAGUUAUGGGCCAAAAAUGGGAAAAUUUAGAAAAGGUUAAAAAAUCUUCUUCUCCAUAUCCAGAAAUGCUAAAACCAAAUACUACUCAUAGUUGUAAAGGCCUUUGGGUGGUUUAUAAAAAUUGUGAUUUUCAUGUCUCCUAGCCCGCCUGUUUGUUCCUGGGGAGGGGGUGCAGGUUAGUAUAGUUUAUAUAGGAAAUAAACAUAAUAGGCUAUAUCUACCAUUGUUUUGAACAGAAGUUGUUCAUAUUUGACAGAAAUACUUGUUAGGGGGAGGGGGUCUGCAGGUAAACAAAUUAUGAGCCUGACCCCCUAGGGGGCUGAGUUAGGGGCCGAUAAUUGGGGAAUUCAGGGAAAUUUCAAAAAUCUUCUUCUCCAGUUAUAGAAAAGCUAGAAUCAAAUACUACUCAUAGUUGUAAAGGCCUUUGGGUGGUUUAUAAAAAUUGUGAUUUUCAUGUCUCCUAGCCCGCCUUAUUGUAAGUGAGAUAAAACAAAUUAGAAUUGUGAAAAAAUGAUGGACUGUUUUGUUCACAAUCUCAAAAAAUUGUCCUUAUGAAAUGGGAUAGAAUAUAAGUAGUGAGGAAAAUGACAAAAUAGUUGUUAUCACAAAUUCUAUAAAUGAAACCUAUCUACAAAAAUCUUGCACAUGGACAGCCUCAGAUUCUGUAAAGUGUUUGUUGUGGGUGUGUGACACUGUUCACAGUAAAAAUGAAGUUAUAGAGUUAUGAUAUUGAAUUGACAUGUAUGUAGGUAUUCAAGAUAUUGAUUAAAUGUACUUUUGUUUUUACAUAUUUACAAAUUGUCACAAAACAAUGUUUGAAUUUCAAUAACCAGUUUACUGUAGACAUGAUAGCAAGAUUUUUUUAUCAAAAGUUAGCAUUUCAGAUUUAAAAUCUGCUUAAGAUCUUAAUUAUAUAUGAUUCAUUUUCUUGUUGAUGAUGCUUGUUAUUACCUAAAAUACACCAAAACAAAUACCCGGAAAAAUAUACAUGUUCUCUGAAAUACAAUUUAAACUCUAUUGUUAUGAAAUCACAGAUGAUAGGCUUCACAUCAUUUAUUCAGUCAACAGUUUCGUGUACAUGAACUGCUGUUUGUAUCGAUGUUCAUGGCUGACAUGCUUCAUUGUUGUCAGCGAUGCAUUUUAAAGUUGUGUGAUUUUUGUGAUACAUGUAAAUAUUUCUCCCAUCCUCUACAGAUUUGUCUCCCCUUUAUUUUAACGUCUACUGAUCAUGAUUUCUCUGUCAAAUCCUUACAAAUAUUGAUUAAGAAGACCAACACAACUGUUCUGAAAUAAUGUUUAUAAAUUAAUAUUGCUUUUAUUGGAGGACUAUUUUAAAUUGUGUAUUGAUAUAAUUACGUAAACAGAGUUAGGGAGUGAUAUUUAUACACCACCACUCAUGUGGCAGGCAUAGGGACUCUAAAAUGGGUAUGAGGAUGGGAGAAAAAAUAUAAUUCCAAUGUUGAGUGUAUGACAAAAAUGUGUCAAACCUUGGGGUAUCAUUAUACAUGUAUUCCUAAAAUGCUGGGCAAGAGUUAGGAUUGGACCUUUAGUAACUCCAUGAUUUGAGAUCUCUUUUUCAUACCGUAACAGUAGGGAAAUAUGCCAGUGAUGAUGAGCACUGCGGUUGUGACAAUGUUUACACAUGUAUACCAUUAAUGUUUGUAUGUAAGGUUGUGAGUAAGUGAUGGAGUGAAUGUCAACAUGCAAUAGAUAGGUUGGUUUGGGGAACAAAUUGGUGAUAAACAGCGAAACCUCACUAAUCUGGGCUACAAGUUUCUGAAAAAUUCACCUCCUGCACACUAGUAUUUUGGACACUUUUGGUAAGUGAAUUAUCUGGUGCCAUUUAGUCAGAAAAUAGUUUUCUGGAAUCUAGUGUCUAUGCUAAUGAGGUUUCACUGUACUUAUAUGUAUAUUGAAUUUUUAUUUUAUUUUUUAUUGCAUUGAACAAAUUCUGAUGACCAUGAAAAUGAAGACGGCACAAAACCUAAUGAACUUAACAUGUUUUAAUAAGCAUUGACACAAUGGAGGCAGAUUUGUUGUUACUGGCCUUUUUUUUUUAAAUCACUAUCUGCCUCCACACAAAUGAAACAUUUUCUAAAAUGUUAUCUACCCAUCAAUUUUCUCCAGAGUUCAAAGUUUUGAUCACUUAUGUUAAACAUUUGUUGUUUUAUUUUAGGUUGAGUUUACUGAGACAAAUAGGACUAUUUUUUGAAGUAUGAUAAAGUUGUUUUUCUUUUUUAAGAAUACAUUACAAAAAAAGAGUUACUCUGUUGUAAAAUACAUCUAUUUUUUUGCUGACUCUAGGAAUGUUGUCCUUACUGUUGAACAGCUAAUGCUGUAUUAAGAAAUCAAAUGUUUUAAAGAGUAACUUUUAGUUGUACAGUUAUUAAUUAGUGAAUAAUAAAGUAUAUCUUUAGAGUACUGUAAACCAUGUCCCAGCAAUUCACUAUUUCUCUGUUAUACACUGUUUCUAUAUUAAACACCGCAGAAACAUUGCUUAUCUUCAACAUUAAUACACAGUUCCUCUACUUAACACUGUGAUACACUGUUCCUCAAUACACUAAUACAUUGUUCCUAUAUACAAUGUUAUACACUUAUCUACUAUAUGCCAAUAAUACUGAUCUACUAUACACUAAUACAUUGUUCCUAUAUACAAUGUUAAACACUAAUCUACUAUAUGCCAAUAAUACUGAUCUACUAUACACUAAUACAUUGUUCCUAUAUACAAUGUUAAACACUAAUCUACUAUAUGCCAAUAAUACUGAUCUACCAUGCCUAUACACUGAUCCCCUGCUACCCACUGAAAUACACUGUUCUAGCCAAAGAUCGUUGUAUACAUUACUCUUUCUACACUAUACAUUAUUUUCUAUGACAUCCACUGAAAUACACUGGUCCUCUACCAAGCACUUAUACACUGUUCAAGUACUUUACACUGUUUAACACAGGUCCUCUGCUGUAAACUAAUACACUGUCCCCUUUAUAUACACUGUAAUACAUUGUCCCUUACAAUACAUUACAUUGCCCCCCCCCCCCUACAAAUUGUAAGACAUUGCCCCCUACUAUACAAUAAAUUACAUACACUGUAAUCUUCCUUUUCUAUGCAAUGUAAUACACUAAUCUUUUACUGUACAUCUUUCUUUGAUUGUGCAUUUGAUUCUUUCCCUAUGCACACAAUGUAAUACAUUUUUGAAACAGAAUUAUUUGAGACAGGAGCACAGACCUACAGAUCUGAUAAUGUUUUGAAAGCUUUGACAAAGGCAUUCAUUCAAGAUCUGCAUUAAUAUGUUCAGGUCUUUAGGCUUUAAAUCUAAAACAUAUUCCAUUGAAGUACGAAAACCUUUCGUGAUUUCAGAAAUCUCAGUUUAAGAGAGAAAGUAAAUGUCCCUCAAUUAGCUCUCAGCCUGGAAUGUCAAAUAUAUUACAAUAUAUAGUUCAUAUUUAUCCUGUUGUUAAAUAUUCAGAUACAAUUAUUAUAUUAUGAAUAAGUCAUAUUCCUCAAAUAUAGGAUCCAAUGUAUUUCAUUACAAUUCAGUUUUUAUUCCUUGAUACAGUGUUUAUAUACACUGGGUUUUUUCUUCAAACUUUGGAU